AUGGCGGCCUCUACCACGCUCAAACUUACCAACCGCUCACCGAAGCAACCCAUCAAGCGUCUUCCGGCCAGCGUCGAGCUGCCCGCGGGUGCGACCGUCGAGGACGUCAAGAAGGCCGUAGCCAAGCAGGCCGGUAUCAGCGACUUCAACCGCAUCGGCCUGUUCGACACGGCCACCAAGAAGACGCUCAAGGACCGUCAGGCCCUCAUCGCGAACAUUCCCGCCGUUGCCGAUGCGGGCGAGGUGCUCGUUAAGGACCUCGGCCCUCAGAUUGCCUGGCGAACCGUCUUCCUCAUCGAGUACUUUGGCCCGAUCCCGAUCCACGCCGCCGUCAUCGCCGCCCGCCCCUACAUCUUCCCCGGCGGCGACGCGCCCAUGUCGCGCACGCAGUGGCUCAGCUUCGCCCUAAUCGCCGCGCACUUCCUCAAGCGCGAGUACGAGACGGCCUUUGUGCAUAAGUUCUCCGCCAACACCAUGCCCGUCGCCAACGUCUUCAAGAACAGCUUCUUCUACUGGGCCUCGUUCGGCCUCCUCGCCGCGCUCUCGCUCUACUGGCCGCGCUCGCUCGCCGCCACCGCAAGCGAGCCCGCCCUCGACGCCGUCGGCACCGCCCUCUGCCUCUUCGGCGAGGCCGGCAACGCACUCGUCCACCACUACCUGUCGACGCUGCGCCCCGCCGGCAGCACCGAGCGCAAGAUCCCGGCCGGCUACGGGUUUGGCCUGGUCACCUGCCCCAACUACAUGUACGAGGUCCUCGCGUGGGUCGGCAUCAUCAUAGUUAGCCGCGACUGGGCCGUGACGCUGUCGAUUGCAAUUGGCGGCGCGCAGAUGUACGUCUGGGCCAAGGGCAAGGAGAAGGCCUACCGCAAGGAGUUUGGCGACAAAUACAAGAAGAAGCGCUUCGUCAUGCUCCCUGGUCUUUUGUAG